AUGAUGGGAGCCUUUCAAGUGGGCAUCGUUUUAACCAUUUUGGGCCUAGCCCUGGCCGGAGAGAGGCCAAUAUCGGAUUGUGCGGAGCGUAUUGUCGAUGAUGGCUAUGCGGUGGAAACGCAUCAAGUUACCACCACUGAUAACUAUAUUCUGACCAUGCAUCGCAUACCGCCGAAAGAGAGUGGUGCACCUGUGGUAUUGCUAUUUCAUGGCAUGCUUAGCUCAUCCUCGGAUUGGGUGCUAAUGGGACCAGGAAAGGCUUUGGCAUACAUUCUAUCCGAUGCUGGCUACGACGUUUGGAUGGGCAAUGCCCGUGGCAAUACCUAUUCCAAGGCCCAUAAGUACUGGCCAACAUAUUGGCAAAUAUUCUGGAAUUUCAGUUGGAACGAGAUUGGCAUCUACGAUGUGCCAGCCACAAUUGACUAUAUAUUGGAGCAUACCGGCCAAAAACAAUUGCAAUAUGUGGGCCACUCACAAGGCACCACUGUCUAUUUGGUAAUGAUGUCAGAGAAGCCAGAAUAUAAUGACAAAAUCAAGUCCGCCCAUUUGCUGGGACCUGCCGCUUACAUGGGAAACAUGAAGAGUCCCUUAACACGUGCCUUUGCCCCGAUUCUGGGACAACCCAAUGCCAUGGUUGAGUUGGUCGGUUCAAUGGAGUUUAUGCCGAGCAAUCAGUUUAAACAGGAUUUGGGCAUUGAAAUGUGCCAGGCUACCUCACCCUAUGCCGACAUGUGUGCCAAUGAGAUCUUCCUGAUCGGAGGCUACGAUUCCGAGCAAUUGGACUAUGAGCUAUUGGAGCAUAUUAAGGCAACUUCUCCAGCUGGAGCUUCGGUUAAUCAAAAUCUGCAUUUCUGUCAAGAGUUUAAUUCGAAAAAAUUCCGUAAAUUUGACUAUUCGGUCAUCCGUAAUCCCUAUGAAUACGGCAGCUACACCCCACCCAACUACAAGCUAAAGAACGCCAAGGCACCUGUCCUGCUGUAUUAUGGAGCCAAUGAUUGGAUGUGCGAUAUAAGUGAUGUGAGACAACUCCGUGAUGAGCUACCCAACAUGGCCUUGGACUAUCUAGUGCCGUUUGAGAAAUGGGCCCAUUUGGAUUUCAUUUGGGGUACCGAGGCCAAGAAAUACGUAUACGACGAAGUUUUGAAGCAGAUGUUAUCAUAUGAAUAA